CGUCGUUACUCCUUCGCUCUCUCGGGUGCUCACGUGUUUUCGCUUAUCAUCUACGUUUGUACUAAAGCCGUUUGCUGUUGUCCUUCGACUCUUCUUCAAUACUCGAUCCUCAACAACGUCCAAAAAUAUCCGCGUUCGAGAUUCUGGAAUCUUCGCGUGGAUCUUUUCUGCAGCGCAGCUCGUCUUCGGUACACGACUUUCUUUGAGCAAACAAAGGUUGCAGACUUGCGCCUCGAACAUCAAGUUUCGGGGUAAUUAACAAAACAGCAUAUCUUCUUCGAAUCCACAGAAACGGCUCAUCGUCAUGUCACGUACUCAAAAGCCGCAAGACUUGAAGGUCACCUUGGCCGAGCAGAUCGAUUCUUCCUUUGCGUACGAGACCAUCCGCGUCCUCCAAGGACCCCAUAAGGUCCUUGAUAUCUCCCUUCGGCGCACCAUUCGGGUUCCUGAUAACGAUCAAGCAUACCUCCUUCCACCGGACUGUGGUGCCUUCCCUAUCUAUUCCGUCAAUCGAUUUAAGCACCAGCUUCCCAAUGAUAUGGCGGAGAAGGGUGGGCUCUUUAUCCCAAUGUACGAACGUGAGGCCAUGUGGAUCAACUUCGAAUCCAUCCAACCUUUCGCAGUCAAAAUAUCUGUUGGCGGCAUCAACGCUGUGUCUGGAGACUCCGCAACCGACGCGCUGAGUGCGUCCAGACUCCGAGAACGUCAGCAGAAGGGUACGCUGCAAGAUUAUGUUGUGACCGGUCGUAACAUGCAACAAUGGCUUGACGGCAUCGCAGCAGAGGAGGGCAAAGUCAAGCAGUUUAUUGCUACACCAGUUGGCUCUGGAUAUUCGGUCGAGGCUCAGCUCACUGGUGCCGAUAAUGUUGCUGGUCUUCAAUUCGAAGUGAUGGCACUCAAGAAAAUGGACGCCAUCACGAUCUAUGUCAAGACAUUGACCGGAAGAACCAUUAGUCUCACAGUUGAUCUGACGAUGACAGUUGAUGAUGUCAAGUGUUUGAUUCAGGACAAGGAGGGGAUCCCGCCGGAUCAGCAGCGUUUGAUCUUUGAAGGCAGCCAACUUCAGGAUGAAUGCGUACUUGCCUCGCUGGGUAUCGAAUCUGAUUGUGUUCUUCAUCUAGUCCUCAGACUCAGAGGUGGCUUCAUCUACGAACAGCUUUCCCUCGUAGAAAAGGCAAAAUACGACCGGGAUCAGCAUGAGAAGCGCUCCGCAGCCGCCGAAGAAGAACGUAGGGUUUCUGAAAUGACCAUAGCCGCUGGCGGAACCAUUCAUCAAGCCAUCGUGAAGGACAAAAUCAGCGACAGUCAUUGGGACAAACAUAGUACCAUUUCGUUCAACCUCCAAAUCCUCAAUGCUGCGAACUUCCACUCUCUCCUUGGAAUCUCAGCUCCGAACACCCCAAUUAGUGCUGCUACCUACGCCGAGUAUGGCUAUCCAUUCUUCAAGCUGUAUGAGGACAAGAGCGGCAUCAAGGGAAACUUCGAGGGCGUCAAGAGUGUUGGACAGCUGCGCAAGGAUGCUGGCACACACAAUCCUGAUGAAGACUUUUAUUAUGGAUUUCCGAUCGUGAGCCUCAAUGCUCCUACAUCCAAGAAGCCGUUCGUGAUUCUCUCGGAUCUGGAAGCUCGGCUGAGAGACAUCAUGAACGAUGCGGUAAUUUGGUUUUCGCAUUGACUCAACUUCACUGUCCUCAUCAUGAGCAAAUAUUUUGGUUGGCGAGGGAAAAGUUACGGUGCAUAAGUAAUAACUUUUCGGAAUUCAUUGAGCGUGGCAGUGGCUUAUGCUGAGCUUGACGCGCUUUGCAAAGAAGAUAGUACCUAGGUAUAGAAGAAAAUCAAAGGAUAGC